UUUAAUUUCAGUCAAAACCAGAAAAUCAAAAAAUUUUUAAUAACCAAAAAAUCAACAAGCUAGCUAGCAAAAUUAGAAGAAAGAUAGCAAGGAAUAUUUUAUCAAUAUAGCUUAUAGUCUUACUAAUUGUCAAGAAGCGUCAUAUUGAAUUUAUCAUGUUUAACUAACAAAACACAAUAAGACCAAGUCUCACCUUAGAGUUAUUAGAAAGACCAUAAGAUGUAUAAAAUAUAGUUACAAAUGAGCAUUAUAUAUAAAAGCCUGGAAUGUUCGAAGCAAGUGAUGAUGAAAGUUUCUUUCAGAAUUCUUUAUCUAUUUUAGUGAAUUAAUUUACAUUUUAAAUGAGGUGGGCAAGUCAUUGGGCAAUUAUUUAACUCCUUAAACAUAGUCCUGCACUAUUAAACAUCUAUUUUAUUGGUCACUAUUAAGUUGAUGAAGAUGACUUAAGUCCAAAUUUUUCUCCUCAAAUUAUGAUUUCAGUUGCAAUUGGUUACAUGGUUUUUUGUAUUUUAGGAUAAUAUCCUAUCUAAGCUUUAGCUAAUGCAUUUUUUGAGCUUUUGUGCUCUAAAAUACAUAAAUAAGAUUAAAGGGAAAUAGGAAGAUUAUUACAUAUUUAAUUAUAACUAAAUACAAUAUUCAGCAUUUUGAUAAUGCUGUUCUUAUACCUUUUUGCUCCUGAUAUAAUUAAUUUUUUAUUAGAUCAUAUAGAAUACAAAGAAGAAAUAGUAUUCAGAGCUCAUGAGUACAUUUGUUAUUUAUUUCCAUCUUUAUUUUUUAGUAUGGUAUAUGAAAACUUUUAGUGUUUAUUAAGUGCUUUGGAUAUUAGAUAAACUCCACUUAGAAUACCUCUCUGGAGUUCUUUAAUCCAUUUAUCUAUUUGCUUACCAUUUACCAUACAAGGAACUUUUUCCAUAUAAAUAGCAGGUUUUGCUAAAGGAGCAGCUGAUCUUACAAUGGCAUGGAUGCUUUAUAAGUACACCUUCGGAUUAUAAGAUUUAAAUAAUAGACUAGUUGAUUUUUUUUUCUCUACACUAGAUGAAUUAGUUGAAAUGAUGCUAAACACUAUCAAUCUAGCCCUUUUUUAUUAUAUAGAAACAUUUAACUAUGAUAUUCUCACAAUUUGUCUUUGCAUUUUGGGAAUUUAAACUCAAUAAAUUUAAGGUCAUCUAAUUGUUACCACACUUGCUUUCAUUAAUUUUUAUGUCUCUUAAGGAAUAUCAUCAAGUAUUUAUCAAGGAGUAAAAAAUUAUGUUGAGAAAGGAUUUGUGAAUAAAGCAAUUAAUGGGGCUAUUUUGGGAACAGUUGCAGCUUUGAUCAUAUCGCUAUUAGAGAUAUUCUUACUUUUAAAUAUCUAGGUGUAUGUAGCUAAGAUAUUUAUUUAGAAUGAUUAAAAAGUAUUAGAUUACUUCAUUGAAUAUUGCAAUAUUUACAUUUAUUUGCUUUUUGUAGAUAAUUGCUUGAAUAGUUUAUUAGCUAUUCUAAAAUCACUCCAAAAACACAAACUUGAGACUGUCCUUCAUUAUGUCUUUUUCUAUGCUGUUGGUAUUCCUACUAGCAUAUUUUUAGCAAAUUCAUUAAGUGACUGCGUGGUUGGUGUUUGGCUAGGCUACUUAGUAGCUAACAGUAUGUUUGUAGUAUUUUUAAUAUUUUAUCUUUCCUGCGGAAUAGUUUGGGACUUAGAAAUAUCUCAAAUAUAGAUUAAAACUAACGUAGAGAAAGCUACUUAAGUUUGAUUUAAAAUGUAGUACAUUUUAAAAAUAAAAACAAUAAAAUUUUAAUCAAAUGUAAAUUAUUAUAAUUGUUUAAAAUAAACCUUUUAAUAAAUAAAUAAAUAUUAUUUAUAUUGAAAUUUAAAAAAGUACUUAAUUUAUUUAUCAAUCACUUCGAGUAUUAGUAAAUGCUUAAAAAAAGUUUAAUUC